UAUUCUAAAACCAAUCACCGGCUCGAUUUUUUUUUCAUCAUCACACGAAUUUAUUAAAUAAUAAUCGUAGCCAACAAAUAGUUGAUAGUUAUUUAGGAUGCCAUCAUAUAUUUUGUUUGAAAGUGCUUUGGGCUUUGCCAUCUUUGAAAAGAAGAAGGUCGAUGAAGUCGCCUACUCUAAAAUUGAAAAACAAGUUGGAGAAUAUAGUCGCUUCAAGGAUAUGGUCAAAUUCAUUGCUUUCCAACCAUUCGAUACACCAGAACACGGUUUGGAAAACAUGAACGCCAUCUCUGAAGGUAUUUUGACAGAGUUUUUACAAAACUUCUUGGAAGCUAAUUUGAAAGCUAAGAAUGACACCCAACUUGGUGUUUUGGAAAACAAAUUGGGAGGUGCUAUUCAAGAACACUUUGAAAAGAAGAUUACCUGUUUCACUGAUGAUUCCGUAUUGGGAUUGUGCCGUGGUAUUCGUAUGCAUAUUCAUAAAUUCAUUGAUAACUUGAAGAAGGGUGAUUUGGAAAAGGCUCAAUUAGGUUUAGGUCACGCUUACAGUAGAGCUAAGGUGAAAUUCAACGUUAACAAGUCCGAUAACAACAUUAUACAAUCUAUUUCUAUGCUCGAUCAAUUAGAUAAGGAUUUGAAUACAUUCACCAUGAGAUUGAAGGAAUGGUACGGAUGGCAUUUCCCAGAACUUGUUAAGAUUGUAAAGAAGAAUGAUGCCUAUGCUAAAUGUGCACUUGCCAUCAAGACUCGUUCCAGUCUUUCCAAGGAUAGUGAAAAGUAUGAUGAAUUGGUUCACCAACUUAAUGAUAUAACAAAGGAUGAAGAAGUCACUGAACAAGUUGUCAGAGCUGCUCGUUCUUCUAUGGGUCAAGAUGCUUCCGAAUUCGACAUGAUGAAUAUGGAAUUGUUUGCCAAGAAGGUUGUCGAUUUAACUGAAUACAGAGCUCAAUUGUUCGAAUAUUUGGAAACCAAGAUGCACGACGUUGCUCCAAACUUGACUUGUAUUUUGGGUGAAUCUGUUGGUGCUCGUUUGAUUUCUAAGGCUGGUAGCUUGAUGAACUUGUGUAAAUGUCCUGCUUCAACUGUCCAAAUUUUGGGUGCUGAAAAGGCUUUGUUUAGAGCUUUGAAGACCAGAGGUAAGACACCAAAGUAUGGUUUGCUCUAUCACUCUAGCUUUGUCUCAAAGGCUUCUAAGCAAAAUAAGGGUAAGAUUGCUAGAUACUUGUCAAACAAGUGUGCUAUGGCUGCUCGUAUUGAUGCUUUCCAAGAUUUCCCAACUUCUAAAUUCGGUGAAUUGUUGAGAGAUCAAAUUGCUGAAAGAUUAGAAUUCUACGAAAAGAAGGCUUCAUCUGGUAAUGCUAAGAUCACUGUCAAGCUCAAGAAGAAUAUUGAAUUGAUGAGAGAUGCUAUCAAGCAUGCCAAGAAGGACGAAAAGGAAGCUCCAAAGAAGGAAAAGAAGCCAGCUGAAAAGAGAAAGAGAGAUGCUGUCGAAACUCCUGUUGAAGAAGAAAAGAAAUCCAAGAAGGAAAAGAAGGACAAGAAGAAGGACAAGAAGGAUAAGAAAGAAAAGAAGUCCAAGAAGGAAGAAGAAGUCAUGGAAGAUGAAAAGCCAGCCGAAGAAGAAAAGAAGUCCAAGAAGGAAAAGAAGGAUAAGAAGAAGUCCAAGAAGGAAGAAGAAGUAGAAGAACCUGUUGCUGAAGAAUCCAAGAAGGAUAAGAAGAAGAAGGACAAGAAGGAAAAGAAGGAAAAGAAGGAAGAAUCGGUAAAGGAAGAAAAAGAAGAAAAGAAAGAAAAGAAGGAAAAGAAAGAUAAGAAAAAAGAUAAGAAAAAGCAUUAAUUCUACCCAAAACUCAAAAACCCUAUAAAUAUAUAUUUCUAAAUU